AGUCGAUGCUAUGCCGAGAUCUGGGAUCACGAGUGUAUAUCUCAGGAAUAUUAGGAUUCACCGCAGAAGAAAAACGUACCACAUCCGGAUUAUUGCAAGUAUGAUCAUUUCACGGAGCCCGCUUGUCAACAUAGCCGUGAUUACUUUUAUCAUAAUCUUUGUCACGUUGUGUGCCCUUAUAAAAAGACAGUCGAACGAAAUAAACGAGAUCAUCGGAAAACUGUUAAACAAACCCAAAAACAGACCAUUAUUGAAGACAAACUAUUUUAAAUGUUCGGAUUAUAUAUACGAAAACAGAGGGACGAGUUCAAUGUUUUGCCUGAGGACGAAUCUUCGCACGGCCACAGGUUGUGGAAAAGAUUUCAUACCCCAUCAGUGGCUACCGAAAUUUACCACAGACUGGCAAUCCGAAAAACUCCAAGAAUUUAAAGUCCUUACGGCAGCGGCACUACACGCUUGUGGCGACCAUUGUGAAGGCAGCAUCGGAAGGAGCCGAGUGCAAGCGGACAUGUACGAAGAAGUUGUGAAGGCGCCUUUUAUAAAUCGUGUCUGUGAGACGGGGUUCAACGUGGGGUAUAGCUCCAUGGUUCUCUUGUUGUCAAACCCCAAUAUUUCUCUCACUAAUUACGAUUUCGGAAUGUACAUUACUCCGGAGAUUAAAUCAUUCUUCGAAAAAACAUUCCCGGGUGGUUUUAAGAUGGUUAUGGGGGACACAAGAAAAACAUUACCAUCCCACGUGAAAUCCAAACAAACCUGUGAGCUCCUUAUCAUCGAUGGUGGUCAUAGAUAUGAAGAAGCUUUAGCAGAUUAUCAGCUCAUGAGGUGGAUGGCAAACAAAACACACAAUCUGGUCAUAAUGGAUGAUUUGUACUGUCUCAGUAUGUUCUGUAAAGGACCGAGGCAGGUGUGGCAGGAGGCAAUAGACCGCGGGGAACUGAAGGAGUUGUAUGGGUGCGCGGGGAGAUACAAGGGGAGGUGGUUCCGAGGCUUCGCCGUUGGGCAGUUCGUCUUUUGAAAUUAAGUAAAUAGGAAACUGAAGUCAGAAAUGGUAUUUACAGUUAGAGGAAAAAAGUGACUUUCCCGAUCAGCUGUCAACUCAAUGUAAACACUUUUGAUUUUGUAUUUAGGGACUUUCGUGUAUAUACUGACGUUGUUUCAAAGAGGAAAACAGAAAACUCUGUUCAUUUAUUAAGCUCAUAUUGACCACAGACGAACGGUAGCGCAAAGGCUUACUUAGGUAGGCUACAUUUUCACAUUACCACUAAUUACAACCUAAUUUAAUUUUUACACAAGGAAUUAGAGACUUUAAUGAGGUUUAUAGUU